CCCACUACUUUCCUGCAGAGACCUAAUAGGGCGCUCUAUUGUGAUUGUCACGUCACGUCACAUUUACAUGCGGAAACUUUGCAAAGUUGAGAAAUUUUUGCAAGGACAGCGACCAAAGAGGAUAUAGUCGAAAAAGGUCAUGUCAUCCAUAAAAGUUGAAUGUGUUAUCAAAGAACAGAAUGAAGUCGGUGAGAGUCCCGUCUGGGAGGAGAAGGACUCCACUUUGUUGUACGUUGAUAUUAUGGGUAAAAGGGUCAGCCGGUGGAACUCACUGACCAAUAAAAUAGACAGCAUUGCCACAGAGAAACUUGUAGGAUCUGUGGUUCCACGGCAGGCAGGUGGUUACGUCAUCGCAGAGGGAACUCGGUUUGCAUUUGUUGACUGGGUAAAGCGUUCGGUUACACCUGUCGCCAAUGUUGAUGACAGGGAAAAACCAAACACCCGCUUCAAUGAUGGAAAAGUAGAUCCAGCUGGCAGGUUUUUUGCAGGUACCAUGGGUUUGGACAUGAAGCCUGAUGUGACGGAUGGGGCACUAUACACCCUCCUUCCUGACCACUCUGUUGUCCAGCAUUUUGACCAAGUGCACCUCUCCAAUGGUUUGGACUGGUCACUGGAUCACCGCGUCUUCUACUACAUUGACAGCCUGGCGUUUAUGGUGGAGGCGUUUGAUUAUGACAUCCAGACUGGAGGGCUGUCUAACCGCAGAAUGGUUUACAACAUGGAGAAAGAUGAAGGCAUACCAGAUGGUAUGUGCAUAGACACAGAGGGCAAACUGUGGGUUGCCUGCUAUAAUGCAGGAAGAGUGCUGCGUAUCGACCCACAAACAGGCAAACGGCUGCAGACAGUGAAACUACCAGCUGAGAAAACCACUUCAUGCUGUUUCGGAGGGAAAGACUACAGUGAUCUCUAUGUCACCUCAGCGUAUGCAGGCAUGGAUGCAGAUUCACUGGCCAAGCAUCCAGAAGCUGGUUGCAUAUUUAAGGUGUCUGGUUUAGGAGUGAAGGGCAUCCCACCAUUCUCUUACACUGGAUGAAAAAAAAGGAAAAAUUGUUAUUAAAAGCCUCAUGAUCACUUGGCAAUCACGAUACAACAAUAUUGUUCUAAUCAUGCAGUUAAAGUAUAUGUGAUACCUGCACCUCAUAAUAUUAGAAAAAUCCUACCUUUCUAAUAUUAGACAAUUAACCUGCGCAAGCGUUUAAAAAAAAAAUAAAUAAAUAAUUGCAUGUUUAAUAUGAAUUUUAAUGUUAUUAAAUUUAAAUAAUCUACACAAAGAGCAAUGUGUGACUUUACACACAUUUUAGGAGAUUAUUUCAAGGGAUGUAUUUUUGGGUCAUUUAGGGUAACUUGUAUAUUAACCACAAAUGUGAGGUUGGUUUGGCUCUGCUGCUGAAAUUCUGAAGUUCAUGAUUUUAAAAUGUAUGUAAUUGUGAUUGACAAUUUCCCUUCCAUGUCCAAAUGACAAACCGUUCAAACUGUUUUACAUCCAUAAUCUCUAUUUCAGCGUAAAACUGUCAGGGAUCUUGAAGGAGGACCCUGUUGCAUUGUGAGAUAAUGAGGGUUCAUUAACCAAAACAGAUUGAUACAAGAGGGUAGUGAAGUGCACAAGUGAUACCACAACAGGAAAAAAAGUAAACAAACAGCUAGGGAAGGUCACUGGGACAGCUUCAGAAAAAAACAGGUAGAAUACUUUGGCAAAAGAGGGGGCGGCAAGACCAGGCUAAUGGAAAAUACCACACAAGGCACCAUAGAGCAGAGCUUACACACACACACACACACACACACACACACACACACACACACACUUGUUGACUGCCGACUCUGAAGCAGACCAAGUGCCAGGCAGGUAGAACCAGGUCAGGAACUCAAAGACAAGACUAGACAGGACAGAGCUCUACAGAAACAAAACAAUUUUCCCUUGUUCCCAAGAUCUACUAAUAAAGACUAAAGUAACAAAAUAAGAAACUAUUUCCAAUUUAACCAACUUCGAGUAUCAAACAAAACCAAGACUCAGGACUAGAAGAA